AUGCCAGUGCUAACUAGUCCUGAAAUCGCCGCGAAGUUCAAGGAGAAAUGGUUGAUGUUACACCCUGAAGACCGGGACAAUGUCACCGGCGUAGGGAAUCUCGAUGACAGCCUCACCAACCUGCAGUGGCUACAGGAUUUCUCCAUCCUCACUGCUAACCCGGAGAGACACUCCAGCUCCGUCGGACACCCGCAGCGCUUUCUUCCCCCGCACAUGCACCCGCACAUGCACCUGCCGGGCACGGAUUCUCCGUCCAGCCCGCCCGCGGGUGAUACAGCAGCAUCAGGCGUGCCGCAGAGUAUAGGAAACCCCAUUAGCUCCAGCGCCUUAGCCAGCGCGAAUGGGGGUGGUUACCCCCACCAGCGAGCCACAAACCAUGCUUACCACCAGAACCUCGCUAGCCCGUCCGAAAAGGUAGACUACAAGACGAACCAUCGAGUGAAACCGCCCUAUUCCUACGCCACGCUGAUCUGUAGGGCCAUGCAAGCGAGCAAGAAACCCAAGAUCACCCUGUCCGCCAUCUACAACUGGAUCACGGAGAACUUCUGCUACUACCGGCAUGCCGAGCCAAGCUGGCAGAACUCCAUCCGCCAUAACCUGUCCCUUAAUAAGUGCUUCAUGAAGGUUCCAAGGACCAAGGAUGAGCCAGGGAAAGGUGGCUUCUGGCAGAUCGAUCCCCAGUAUGCCGACAUGUUUGUCAAUGGCAUCUUCAAGCGCAGACGGAUGCCCGCUGCCCAUUUCACCUCCCAGAAGCGGGGCAAGGCAACGCCUGUACCUGAGUCCUCCGACUGCUCGACUGGCCAGGCUUACCAGUGCGGGCGCAAGCCGGGCGUGGGCCGUGGCCCCAAACGCAAGCAGCCGUCUUCCAAGCGACACACCGACUGGGGCUCGGAGUCCCUGCCGCUGGUGCCCGAGGUGAAGGAGGCGGACUCCUCGGAGGGGAUCCUCGACUGGGCCUCGGGGUUUGAUGAGGUCAUCAAUGGCAAAGGCAGCGGCAACAACUUCGAGGACCUGGACAUCAACGUGGCCCUGAGCUCCUUGGGCUGCAAGCUGGACCUCCCGCCCCAGGGGCGUCCCCUGGCUGCCGAGGGGAGGUGGUGUGGCGAUGGUGGCAGCAGCGGGGCAGACCUAGCCUGCAGGUACAUGGAGGUGGGCAGUUCCAUGGUGGACUACCAGUGCGGGCUGGCCCAGCCACACCCACCCUCCAGCCUGCAGCAGUUUGAGGAGCCGGCUCUGUUCCUGCAGCAGCAGCCACACCCCUGCAUGGAGCCAAGGGAGGAGCUCCAGGCCGUCAACUUCGCCACAGACCACGGCUAUGGCUUCUGCGAGGAAUUCUUCACCGAGACAUUACUUUGGGAUAGGGUGGAGUCUUACCUGUGACAUUUUACCUUCAUCAAUGCUUUCCCCAC